GAGGCUGCCAAGAGCACCCAAAAGGCGCCCCAAAGGCGCCUCAGGACCGCUGAAAAUAACCUCCCAGCGGCCCCAGAGUUUUGCAAGACGCCCCGCAAGUUCUACGACUUGUACCUGGACCGCGAAGGACAGGGAGGUCGUCUCCCCCCAGACGCUGCAGGCUUCCAGGGGUCCUUCGCCGACUUCGCCAGGAGGUGCAGAUACGACCCCGCGAAGCACCGCGUUGUGCACAGGUUCCAGGGCACACGGGCCUGGGCGUGCUUUGGCAAGGUGUCUUGCUCCGUGGGCUUCUCCUUCUACUGGGAGACCCGCGACAUCUUCGUGGGGCAGUACAUGGCAACUUUUGUGCCGCACGACAAGGGCAACGACUGGGAGCUCUGCGAACGGCUUCCCGGGCCCGGGGAGCCGCCGCGCCCGGAGAGUACGCGGUUCCUGACUGCUGCCGUCCGCAGCGCGUGUCGUGACGGAGGGGCGGUUCGGUCGGCCCUCCAGCGGUGGAUCCGCGAGGAGGAUGCUCGCUUGGCCGAGUACGUCGAGUUCGCGCAGCGCUGCGACGUGCGCGGCGAGCCGUACAACAGGAAGGCCAGCACUGACGUGUUCAAGUCAUUCGCAUUCCAGUCCGGCGAGGAGCGCACAGCCGUCCGGGAGUGGUUGCUCUCGGGCCGACCUGUCUCCUUCGACGGCCCCGAGGACAGGGAGAUGGCUUUCCUUGCGAUACAGGCGGCGAUGGUCCGCGACCUCGGGCUCCGCGGUGCCAAGCCAGCUCGGCGGUACAAUUUCUGUUCCACGAUCCGUGCCAGCUUCCUCCUCGUGUGCCAGUGGCUUCGGCCGGAGGCCGACGCGGCGUUCGAGCUCAUCAAGACGGUCUGGAAUCUGCAGCGGCCGCACCAUUUGCCAGCGCGCACGUGGUCGCCCGGCCAGGCGGAGCUUCUCCGCGUCGCCCGCGCAGCCUUGUCGGUGGAGGAUUCCAACGAGCUCCGGCUCGCCCCGGUGCUCUCCCAGUUCGUCCACGUGUUUGGGGAGCCGGGGUGCGGGAAGAGCGAGGCCCUCAUCUACGCCGCGCACGAGGCCUCGCAGCGCGAGGCCCGGGUGCUCAUAGCCUGUCCGACGGGCGUGCUCGUGGGCCAGUACAGGGACAGGUUACCCUCCACGCAGUUCAUCACCGUGGAGACGAUCCACUCGGCCUGGCGGGUCCUGCGGGACUACGACCGCAAGACGUACUCGCCCCCUACGAGACUCACGCAGUACGACGCCGUGUUCAUUGAUGAAGUCUCGCAGCUCGAUGACCACAUCUUCGAGAUCCUCUUGCAGGUCCUUCCGGAGUUGCCGCAGCGGCCCCUCGUCGUCUUCGCCGGGGACUUGUCCCAACUCCAGCCGGUGGGCAGCGGGGGCUUCGUACGACACUUCCUGUCCAACGACGGCCUCCAGCACAUCCACAUGCAGACGCACGAGUUCGCCAGGUCGAAGGACCCCGUGCUCCUGGAUUUCCUCUCGGACAUCCGUGCCCGGCAGCCGACGAGGCGAGCGCUGAAGGACUUCUUCGGGGGUCGGCAUCUGGGCCGCAACCUGCCGCGCGCCGUGGCCGAGUGCCGUCGGGUCUGCCAGGAGGCUGCCCCCGGGGACAAGGACCCCGUCACGUGGCUCACGUGCACCAGCGAGGGCGCGCAGAAGGUCAAUUACGAAUACCUUCGGCAGGCUUAUGGCUUGGACCAGGCUGCCAUUGACGCGCACCCCGCGGGCUUCCGCUCGGACCCCGACUACGGCGACCGCAGGGUGGUCGUCCAGGUCGGCAUGUGGCUGAGGAUGACCAAGAACAUCGACAAGGACAGGGGCUUCUGCAACGGCGCCACGGGCACCGUCGCCUUCGUCCUUUCGGACGGGACGUCGGGGCCGCCCGUGUUCAUAGUGCGGCUGGCCCAUGGGGCGUACGUUUUGGUGCACCCCAUCAAGACGGAGCACGGCCGGCGCCACACGGCGGCGUACAUCCCGGCCGUCUACGGCUAUGGCAUGACCACUCGUAAGGCACAAGGCGCUUCCCUGCGCCGUGUGGUGCUGUAUUUCGAGCUCUGGCGGCCGGCCUGCCGGGGCUUCGCGUACGUGGGCCUCAGCAGGGUCUCGUACCACGACGGCGCAUUCUACUUCGGGCGUCUUCGGCGGACGGACUGGCUGCCGGUGGGCGGCCCCGGGGCGCCCGCGGAGCAGGUGGAGCGGGGCGCCGACUCCACCGACGACUCCGACCUCUCCGACGAGGGCGACUCCGACGCCGAUGGCGGCCUGGCGUUGCUGGCCGGCCAGGGGAGCGGCGCGGCCGCAGACUACAGUGCUCUCUUCGGGGCUGACGCGCCCCCCGAUUCUCCCAGCGCUGAUGCCGAGGCGGGCGGUGGGCAGGGCGGCGCCUCCGACGGCGACUACGCCGCCCUCUUCGGGCCGAUGGCCGGCGGCGACCUGAACCAG